AUGGAAGUAGUCACUGUCCGCACGGGGUGGGGGAGGGCACUGCUUCCCGCUUCUAGUGUCGUACUGCUUGCACUGUUGAUGGUUAUGUGUUCUCGGGCGAAUGCGGACGUGAUUGACUUGCCGCUCUGUGCAGAGAAACACGGCUUCGCCGGUGAGUUUAAUGACCACUACACCAUCGCGGUGGAGAAGGCACCAGCAGCUGGUGAAGCAGUCAUCCUUGUUGCACGUGCUUUCCCCCUCAACUUUGGUAACCUGCUAGCGCAGUGGUUGUACCUCAACGUCACCUACCGAAUCUCUGAAGGGGCGCAGCUCACGAAAACAUCCGACAACAACGGCAUUUUGGAGCUCGCGAACGUGGCAGCUGGCACGAACAUCGAGGUACGGGUAGUGCGAGUGCGUUCCGAUGGUCCGGUCCCGUUUCGUUUUUUUAGCUUCUACGCGAACAACCCGGCCUGCCACGUAGAAGUGGCGCCGGAAAACAGUUUUGUGGCUCCUGUGCCGCACAAGCUUUCUGCCGCGCCGCAACCGCCUCUUACCAUGUACUUCAAGACAGUCCUGCCUCCAACCGUGAAUGCGCUCAUCGUUCACAUUAGUGCCGACGGCCGCACCGCCCAACAGUUCAGCACUGCGGACAAGGUCUACACGUCAGGAGACCUUGUCCCGGCCGGCAGCGGAGGCGCCGUGUUAUUCGCGUACUCUCCUCCGUUAGAGAGCAUGGGCCUGCCGUACUGCUUUACAACCGUGUCUGUGAGCUACGGUGACUGGCAAGAAGGUGACUCGACGCGACCAAGCGUGCAACCCACAUCCAACAGUAGCGGUGACAGCAGCGCUUCCAAACCACCGACAUCGAAGUCCAUGUCGGUGCUGCGAAGGCUUCUGUGGGGUUUUCUGUUGAUGUUCCUCGUAUAUCAAGCAGCGGUGUCUGCGUACAAUUAUUGUGUUCUCGGCGAGCGUGACGUAAUGAACAUUCUUCCAUGCGCAGAGUCCGUGACUACAGGGGCGCGGACGGUGCGGCUCGCCACUUUGCGAGGUAUCGGUGUGGCGCAGUGUAACAAGGAGGGUUACAACUCCUUACAGAACCCCGACGAUCCCUACGCGUGA